AACCGCCCAGUUGAUAGUCAGCAGUGCGUUUGAUCAGGUGAAAGUGACAAGACGAAGAAGUAGCCAAGUGCGCGUGCGCACUCAAGAAGUACCACGCAAUAUAAAUAUAUUUAACGGGAGCCAAGUCACUCCUUGGCUAGUGACCGAGCCGUCAUCGUCAUGGAUACGAAAAUAAUCUGGCUGUGCUUUCUAUUGUUCGGCGUAGCUUUUGCACAAGACGACCAAGAUGCUGAUGCCGAUCCCACAUCAGAAGAAUUAUGUCAAAACAGACCGGCUGAUGAGUACUUUAGGUUAAGCACGGAGGGGGACUGCCGAGAUGUAGUAAGGUGCGAUGCUAAUAGCGAUAAUAACGGAGUCACUAGGCUGGCUUCAGUGCGAUGUCCGGUCGGUCUGGCGUUCGACAUCGAUCGACAGACUUGCGAUUGGAAAACGAACGUUAAAAAUUGCGAUAGAGUAGAGAAACCAAGAAAAGUACUUCCCAUACUUAAAACUGACGAACCAGUAUGCCCUGAUGGAAAAUUAUCUUGUGGAAAUGGCGAAUGUAUCGACAAGGAACUGUUCUGUAAUGGAAAACCAGACUGUAAAGAUGAAUCUGACGAAAACUCUUGCUCUGUCGAGACAGACCCUAACAGAGCCCCAGACUGUGACCCCACCCAAUGUGCAUUGCCUGACUGCUUCUGUUCAGCUGACGGUACCAGAAUUCCUGGAGCUCUUGAACCAGCCAACGUACCUCAAAUGAUAACUAUCACAUUCAAUGGCGCUGUCAACGUUGACAACAUCGACCUUUACGAAGAAAUCUUCAACGGUCAAAGAAACAACCCCAACGGCUGUCAAAUCAGAGGAACAUACUUUGUUUCGCACAAAUACACCAACUAUUCUGCUGUACAAGACUUGCACAGGAAGGGACACGAAAUUGCUGUGUUUUCGCUGACUCACAAAGAAGAUCCUAACUACUGGAGUCAGGGUUCUUACGAUGAUUGGUUAGCUGAGAUGGCUGGUUCUAGACUGAUUAUUGAGAGGUUUGCUAAUAUUACUGACGGUACGAUUAUUGGAGUGCGUGCUCCUUACUUGAGAGUCGGAGGAAACAAACAAUUUGAAAUGAUGACUGACCAAUUCUUCGUUUAUGACGCUUCAAUAACUGCUUCCUUGGGACGUGUACCUAUCUGGCCUUACACCCUGUACUUCAGAAUGCCCCACAAAUGUAACGGAAACGCUCACAACUGUCCUUCCAGGUCUCAUCCAGUUUGGGAAAUUGUCAUGAACGAACUUGACAGACGUGACGACCCUACUUUUGAUGAAUCUCUUCCGGGUUGUCACAUGGUAGACUCUUGCUCAAAUAUCCAAACUGGUGAUCAAUUCGCUCGUCUCUUGAGGCAUAACUUCAACCGUCACUUCAACAGCAACCGUGCUCCAUUAGGUCUCCAUUUCCACGCUUCCUGGAUCAAGAGCAAGAAGGAAUUCAAAGAGGAACUGAUCAAGUUCAUAGAAGAGAUGUUGGGACGUAAUGAUGUGUACUUCGUCACCAACUUACAGGUUAUCCAGUGGAUGCAGAACCCUACAGAACUCAACGGUUUGAGGGACUUCCAGGAAUGGAAGGAGAAAUGUGAUAUCAAAGGGCAGCCUUACUGUUCUCUGCCAAAUUCCUGUGCUUUGACGACAAGAGAGUUGCCUGGUGAGACAUUGCGUCUGUUUACUUGUAUGGAAUGCCCCAACAACUACCCAUGGCUGUUGGAUCCCACGGGAGAUGGGUUCUCGGUUAGAAAAUAAGUUAUUUAUUAUAUUAUCGUUUCUAGGAAGUGUUUAAGUAAUUUAAAAGACUUGUAAAUAGCUACUUUAAUUUUCUACUUAUCUGGACUUUUAGAAAUAAACUUGUUAGAUAGGUUUAUUACCUCCAAACUUUUCUACAGAGCAAAACAAAUAACAGUAGUAUUUUUUUUAUAAAAUAUUUGUUAUAAAAUAAAAUUUUAAAUUAA